GCUAGCUUCGUUGCUUUACCUUAAAUAGGAUUGCUGUGAGCAUAAGGUCCCCUUCCUCUCGCCCUUCCAGUUUCGUUGAUUUCUUCAUUUGGAGGAUACCCUCAAAGGUGUUCAAGUGUGGAAGCUAGCAAAUUUUGAGGAUGAAUUGUUAUAAUCUUCAUCAGAAUGCCUUCUCAGCACGUGAAGAGAUGAGGGGCUCUCUUCCCAUUGCUGAUCAGAAUGGCCCUGUAUUUUGCCCUAAGCCACGCCGAGCUGGAGUUUUAACGAACUUGCCUGUUCGACCAGUGAAAUGGCAUUUUGGCCAACAAGCUGAGGGGUCUGAUUCAAAAGCUGGGGCAGAACUACUUGACAUUGUUCUUAAGAGGGAGAGUUACUGGGAGGAUUUUUCCAACCAGAUACCUUCCUCUCCUCCGUACUUUUGUGGUUCUCCUCCAGUUCGGGCUGCGAAUCCAUUGAUCCAAGAUGCUCGCUUUGGGAAUGAAGAGAACACUCUUGUAUCAACAGUUUCCUCGCCUUCUGGUUUGUUAUCUCCAUCUUCAGCAUCUCGCAAAGGAGGAUGUGCUAGGAUGAAGUUUGGACUUAAACCAGCUGCAGUUAGAGUAGAAGGAUUUGAUUGCCUCAACAGGGAUUGUCAGAAUUCUGGCAUUCCCGCUGUGGCCUAAACUACAUUCAUAGAAGUGUAUAUAGAACAAACCCAGUGCCAAUGCCAAACUUGACUUAACUAGAGAGAGUUUUGAAUGUUUUGAAGGGAAGUAAGAAAUUCAGUUAGUUGUGUAUAUAGCACAAGUUUAUUCUGUAUGGUGAGGUGAGUCAUCUCAUUGUGAUUAUCCGUAGCAAGUUUAGGAAGUUGCAGAAAUAGCAAACCUUCUGUUUUCGAGGUUUGAUUUGUAGAGAGAGCACGUCUUUUUGUAACAGUAGGUGGUUGUAUCUGAGUGUGUUCUGAAAAUUUUAGGCUGUCACCACAAUUGUGUUCUGUAUAGAAAUUGGUGAUUUUGGUUAUGGUUCCUGUAAAUAGAUCUAGGUGACUUUGCACGUUUGCUUAUUAUAUGAAGCUAUUCAAUUGUAUUUUCUGUUCCAAAA